AUGGGUGUUUCAGGACUUCUUCCACAGUUAAAGCCGAUACAGAAUCCAGUGAGUUUGGCACGGUACCAGGGCGAAACACUAGCCAUUGACGGGUAUGCGUGGCUUCACAGGUCAGCACAUUCAUGUGCGAUGGAGCUUGCGUUGAACCAGCCCACGGAUAAGUACUUGCAGUUUUUCAUCAAGCGGAUAACGAUGCUCAAGCACUUUGGGAUUACGCCAUUCUUUGUAUUUGAUGGUGAUUCGAUCCAAGUGAAGAAGGAUACGGAACAAAAGCGAGCAGAUAAGCGACAUGAGAACCGUGAGAAGGCGCAUGCUUUGUAUGCUGCUGGAGACAAGCGUCUUGCAUACGAUUAUUUCCAAAAAUGUGUGAGUAUAACGCCUGAGAUGGCGAAAUGUGUCAUUGAGUACUUGCAAGUGAACAGCAUACCGUAUGUGGUGGCACCGUACGAGGCGGAUGCGCAGAUGGUAUAUUUGGAGAAAGAGGGGCUUGUUCAUGGGAUUAUAUCUGAGGAUAGCGAUUUGUUAGUGUUUGGAUGUAGGCGUUUAAUUACGAAGUUGAACGACAACGCUGAGUGCAUUGAGAUCGAUCGACGCAAUUUCAGCCAGCUGAAUUCGGGGAAGUUCCCGUUGGGGAAGUUGAAUGAGGAGCAAUUGAUAUCGCUUGUAUGUUUGAGCGGGUGUGAUUACACGAAUGGUAUUCCCAAGGUUGGUCUUAUUACUGCGAUGAAGUAUGUGGUGAAGAACCGUACGAUGAGGCAAGCGCUUGCUGAGAUCGAGAGGGACGGGAAGCUUGCAGUGCCGAAAACGUUUUGGGAGGAGUACGAGUAUGCGAGCUUUGCGUUCCGGUUCCAGCGGGUGUGGUGUCCGAAGCGGGAGAAGUUGUGGACGUUGAACGAUGUUCCUCGUGAGUACAUGGCGAACGAGAAGUUGUUUCGGUGCAUUGGAGCGGCGAUUCGGAAGGGUAUUCGUGAGAAGGAGGUUAUUUUCAGCGACGAUAUGAUUGAUCACGAGUUGCACAGACGGAUCAGUGUUGGAGAGCUGGAUCCAUUUGAUUUCAACAAGCCGUUGGCGAACCGGGAGCGGAAGUUGCGUUUGCAAAACGGCGCGUCGUCGUCGUCGGUGAGUGUAACAACAGCGACUUCUACUACCACCACAAUUGAUAGCAUUGCGACGAAACGGGCGAGCAUUUCCUCGGUACGGUGCAAGGGCAAGUCCGAUGGAGGGGCAGGGAUUAUGAGCAAGAUGGAGCGGGCGCUAAGGAAGCGCAAGAUGUGUGGAGACGUGGGAGCGGCGGAGGCUGCGGCGGGGGCUGCGGGGGCUGCGGCCAAGCGGACUGUGAGCAGCCAAUUUUUCCGGAGGCCGGAGACUACACCAGAGGUUAGGCCAGAGGUCAGUCCAGAGGCCGGGCCAGAAGACAACUUGCCAGACACACAGGAGGAUUCGACAGAAGUGUCGCAACUGCUGACGCCCGAGGAGGAAUCGGAAAUACUGAGCGAGGUCGAGGAGGCCCCAGGCCAGGACCAGGACCAGGGCCCAGCCGACCCAGACGACUCAGACACAAACCUUCUCGCGCAACUACGCAAGAAGUUCAUGCACGAAGCGGCCACGACAAGAGUUCCAUUGAAAAACGUUACAAAUACGUCUGGCCAGGGUCCUGCCCACGCCAAGCUGCCCACCAAGCUGCCUGCCAAGCUGCCCGCCAGGACUCCACAGCAACGGCCAGCGGUGCGCCGCACCAUGUCUGGCGCGAUGACAUCGAACACCGUUCCGUCACGUGACCCAUCCCGGACCAGCGCCUCGCGAAGCAUAUCGCGAAGCAUAUCGCUAUCGCAGUUUGCAUACUCCCGCCAGUCAUAG